AUGAUCAAGACCUUUCCUGAGAUAGGACUUGGCCCGCGCUUGCAAGUGGACAUCCACCAUGGUGCUCUCACGGAAGGACUAUUGACAUUUUCCAUAGUAACCAUCUCUCUCGUGCUAUCGAGAAAGAUUUCGGGUAGUUUCUUCAUGAAGACUUGGAUCUCAAGUGUCAUGAAAGUCACCCUUCAUAUACUCGGCUCUGACCUCACUGGCGGCUGUAUGAACCCUGCCUCGGUGAUGGGAUGGGCUUAUGCCAGGGGGAUUCACCUCUCGAAGGAGCAUUUGUAUGUCUACUGGCUCGCCCCAGUCAAGGCAACUCUGCUAGCUGGGUGGAUAUUCAAAAUGGUGACCACUGCGCCUUCGAAGGGAACUACUACUGCAGAGAAAGAGAAGUUGAACAAGUAAGAAUGAAAGGGCAUUGUGUUCCAGUGAUCUUAACUUCCUGGUUCAGUUUCCUCUCUUGGAUGGUCUGAUUCAAGGCUUCCUCUUUUAGAAGUGAAAACAUCGAGGGAAGCAGUAAAGACUAAUAGGAGUGUUGAUUUAGGGGGAUCUUGGCUGCAAAUCUGUACAUUGUUGUUGUUGCUGCUGCUGCCACUGCUGGUCAUGGUCCUCUGUAGCUAUGUUCAGUACAUAUGUUCACUUAUUAGUUUUUUUUGCAACUUGUUCAACACUAGCCAGUUUCUGGUUGCCAUUUCGGCUACUUCCAUGGAUACUUGAAAUCCAAAUCAUUUCUUGUCUACUAGAAUCCAAGUCCUGAAAUUAAUACUUGAAAUCAAUGGAC